AAAGGGGGACUGGUGACUAUCCCUCCAUUGUAGCUCUGCAUAUUAAAACAGUGUACAGAGACACAGAGAGUAAUAGUAACAACAACAACAAUAAUAUUUUUUUAUAUAGCACUUAAAAAGCAGGUAGACAAGACAAAACAAAUCAUAAAAUACUAGUGUGCAGAUCAAAAUUCAAAUCACUUUAAAUGUGGUUUUCAUGAGGGGAUCAUUUAGGCCUGUGUGAGUGAUACCACAUGUUGCCAUCAACACAGACUGUAUGGUCAUCACCAUAGACUGUAUCACACACGUACAGGUUGCUUGCUAGGUGUCUGGGAAUAAUAAUGAAAAGUCCCACAUCGGACUAUACCGAGGCAGCGUGUACACGUGUCUGUUUUGCGCUUUUAUUUUGAAAGAGUAAGCGGAAGCGGUGGCUCCGGUCCUGCAGCCAGGAGAAGUUGUGUGUUUGUGUGUGUGUGUGCGUUUGUUUGUGUUUGUGUGUUUGUGUAACGGUGGUGUUAUCUCGCGCUGUCGGCUCUCACGUUGUUCUCCUCAAACUAGAUGAGUUGUCGCGGUCAACAUCAACCUCGUCCAUCCCAGUCGGUCAGGAAACUUUGUGACACUUCCGUUCGCUCCGUUAUCACGACGGGAAAGCUCCCCGCUAACUUAGCACUGAAGUUAACGUUAGCAGCGUCGAGGAAACAAUGGACUUCCGUGUUGACUAACGCCCGCUGCCCAACACAUGACCGAGGGGCCGCUGACGCCUGGCGUUAUGAUUUAGCUCCAUCCGUCCUGGCUUUUAUUGAGCGGCUGUUUGGGGCUAGCUCGCUCUCUGUUUACCACGGUGAGCGUUAGCAACAGGCUAGCUGAGCUAAGUUUCCGUUUAGAUGAAAAAGAAACUGCUGCGUCAAAAAGAAACGAACUCAGCGUUUCCCUGUGAAAGUUGGCGUCUCUCUGGAAGAUGGAGUAGCGGACAGUGAAGCUGCUAUGGUGCCUGCGCUGCUGCUGCACCUGCCGAGUUGAUCAGCUGACAGCGAGACACCCGAUCCAGCAUGAAGACCCUCGGAUCCAGAUUCUUCUUCGUUGCGGGGUUUGUGGUCGGGACCUUCAUACUGUACAUGUUUCUAGGGCAGGUCUGGUUUGAGAGGCAGGCCAUAGCUUUCAACGCACGCAGUGACUAUCAGCAGGAGCUGGAGGAAGAGAGGAAGAUAUGGAAGAAGGAGAGGUCUGCUCUGUUCAACCUGAAGCACCCUCAUCACAAAGGUGAGGAUGGCCACAUUGCUGAUGAGCUGUACAAAAAGGUGCGGAUUCUUUGCUGGGUGAUGACCGCACCAAACAACUUGGAGAAAAAGGCUCGACAUGUGAAGACCACGUGGAGCCGUCACUGCAAUGUGGUGGUCUUCAUGAGCUCCGUGGCUGACCCCAACUUCCCCACUGUGGGAUUAGGUACAGAGGAAGGUCGGGAUCAGCUCUACUGGAAAACAAUCCGGGCCUUCCAUUACGCCUAUGAGCAUCACAGCCACGAGGCAGAUUGGUUCCUCAAGGCAGACGAUGACACCUACGUGAUUGUAGACAACUUGCGGUGGGUUCUUGCGAACCACACGCCGGACGAGCCGAUUUACUUUGGCCGACGGUUCAAGCCCUACGCCAAGCAGGGCUACAUGAGUGGUGGAGCAGGGUAUGUGCUGAGCAGAGAGGCUCUGCGGCGAUUUGUAGAAGGUUUUAAAACCAAACAGUGCACUCACACUACCUCUGUAGAGGACCUGGCAAUGGGACAAUGCAUGGAGAAAGUCGGGGUGCUGGCGGGAGACGCCAGAGAUACUGCGCACAGGGAGACAUUUCACCCCUUUGUUCCGGAGCAGCACCUCACAUACAAGUUCCCCAAGAGCUUCUGGUAUUGGAGCUACUGCUACUACCCAAUCAUAGAGGGUCCAUUCUGCUGCUCAGACUUGUCUGUGUCUUUCCACUAUGUUGAUGGUUCACAAAUGUAUUUAUUGGAGUACUACACCUAUCACCUGCGUGCCUUCGGCUAUAGACACCGUUACCAGCCCCCCGCCCCAAAGCGCUAUAGUAUUGAGCAUUCAGGUUCGGCUGCAGAAGGACAAAAAGAGGCGGUUCCUCAGGUGAAAGGGCAAGGAGAGGGUGUGGAUCCAUCCAAGACGGAUAAGAGACAGGAUGAAGAUCAACAUCCUGGGACUGGUAAAGAGCCUCCCAUUGUACCAGAGGACAAACAGCAGUAGGACUCUGUGGGUGUGUGAAGGGAACAUUUUCAUUAGGAAGAGACAGAAUUUUGUGUUUUUAAUCUUUGCUUAUUCAUUCUGAUAAUCUUGGCUCAUAUUUCUACUAAAGUAGAACCAACUGUCCACUUUGAUCUGAAGUGUCUUGAGCUGAAGGACUGCUACUAACUUCAACUUGCGACUGCAUUUUAGGCCCUUAUUUUUCCAGAUUUGUAAGAUGGUUUGUACAAUUUUCAAGUUGAAAGCAGCUUGCUGUAGGUUAUGAUCAUUUGAAAACUAACUAAAGCACUUUUUAAAUCUGCAUCAAUCAAUAAUUAUUUCCCAGAGGCACGUUUCAUCUGAUCCCUUACUUGACUGCUGCAAAACCACCAAAACCUGAUCUACCACUCUCGUCUUGACACAAUGAAGUAGAUGGCCCUCAGUUCACACAGAGAACUAUGUGCCUGCUGAUGAAAACAGAUUGUGUCUUGAACUGAAACAAGUGACUAAGAUUUGAGGUGUGGAGCUACUUCAUUCAUUUUCUGAUAAUUGAACAAAAUUAAAAUCUGUCAAUCUCCGUUCACUCAAUAAUAGAUAUCAUAGAUGAUAUUGUAUUUGUUCUGAGAACCAGCUUUCUGACUUCCAAAUUUGAUUCUAGUAUUUUCUAUCAUACUUCAGUGUAAUUGUAAUGUUACAUCCAUGUUCCUUGUAAAGGAAUAUAACAAUUUUAUUUGUUGAAAUGUUGUGGUGCCAUUCUGAAAGUCCCAUUUAAUUUAUAUUAAGCUUUUGGAAAAUUAACUUAAUGAAAAAAGUCUUGUUUCAUUUAAAAAAAAUGAUUUAAAGUUUUAUUGAAAUGACCUGGGUUGCAACUAAUGGUAAUUCUCUUUACCAUAAAAAACACAUUAUGUUUGCUUUGAAAAUGUCAAAUGUUAUAAAAUAGUAAAAAAUUACAAAAUAUUUUAAAUGAAAAGUGUGUGUUCCUGAAAACCCCAAAAAUGAUUAAGUAACUAUCACAGGGGGAAAAAGCAGCUAAUCCUAAUAUGCAAGAAGCUGGACCAAGGUGAUAUUUCAUGUUUUUGUUUGGGGGAAAAAGACAAUUAAUGGAUUAUCAAGAAUAAUUGCACAUUGAGCCACUAGUCAAUCGUUUUAGGUGUUUUACAGACUUUAAGGUGAAUACAGUUUCCUUUUAGUUCAUGUGAAAGUGCAGUAAAACUGUUUUUGUCCUAUAGAUAAUAACAAUUUGUGUUAUCACAUUUAUUUAGCUGAUCUAUCACAAUUAUCCUCAAAAUGAUCUGUAGAAAAAAAGCCCAACCCAAAAUACAUUUCAUUAGCAAGGUUUUUGGAGUCCGUUCUAUCUGUUUAUUGCUAACAUAGAGAUGCAUUUAUGUGACCACGAUGCUUUAAGUGAUCAGUCUUCUUAACAGUCGAGCCAAAGAUUUUCCUCUGGGAUGAAACCAGACUGAGGAUGGACAGACACGCUGUUAUUUGUGAACACUUCUUGGAGUUAAUGCAGUGAAUGUUGGUGCUUCCCUGUAGUCUUUAUAACUGGUGUUUUAUAUGUUCAUUCAUCACAGCCAUCUUUUAUUUGGUCUGGGAUCCAGCUAUGGUUGUUAGACACACCUUCAGCUGGAGGAGCAGGAAGUCAGUGGGCUGUAGUCAACCAAAGAAAAUCUUCCAUUAACCAAUCCAUUAGUCUUGAGUGAAUGAAACCCUGCAUUUUAUCUCCAGAUUGAUUAAAUUGGCCACAGUGCACCCCAACGGCAAUUGUCCAACUAUUUAGAUUUUUAUUGGAUGAGGCUGUGUGUGGAAAAGUCGAGUGGGAGACUGCAGCCCUCGGCAUCCGUAAACCAACUUCCUUUCCUUCUUACCCAUCUGUAGCACAUGGUUUUCUAUUUGUUCUUCCUGAAACUGUCUCUGGAUCAGCACUUCAUACUUCCCUGUAUCUCCUGGUGGACUCAUUAGCUUGUGCCUUGUAAAUUGAGAUUGUAUGAGCCAACAGCUGAACACGUGACUUUGCACUGUGACAUGACCAUAAUGAGAGUGACAACUUUCAGCUUAUUGAAUCCUUCCAAUGUAAAGAGCAUGGCCUUUGCCAGUGGAUGACUAGUUGUUCAUGACUUAAUAAGCAAGAGUUAUGUCUUUUAUACAAAUGUACUUUCAGCAAUGAGUAUUUUGUAAAUGCUGGGCGGGGUGGGACAGAGCUUCUUCUUUUCUUACAUUGCAUAUAUUAAGAAAUUAUCCUUGCUAAUUUCCUUACAACUUUGUAGCCAAACAAAGAUUAAUGUUAUGGCAGGAGAUUCAUUAAUUACCAAAUAUAGAAGAAUAUAGUAUGAAAAUACAGAAUGGCUUCAGGAAUCAGGCAGGAUUAAGUUUUAUGUGAAAAUGCAUUUGAGUGUUAUGGGGGCUUUUUGGUGUGUUUUAAAAAAAUAUUUUUUUCUUACACCAGUUAAACCUUUAGAUUUGCCUCGAGGUUACACAUGUAUAAUGUAACUAAAGCCUGCACUUUUUUCUGUGUUCAUAACCAGUUUCCUUCAGUACAUGUGCACAGAGCAAGUUCAGUAUUUGAAAAGGAAAAAUCCAGUUUUCACCAAAUCAGCACGUUUUUUUUAUUGUUGGAUCCUGACUGAUAAGGCUUUUUGGUGACCAAUACAAAUAGUGUAAACAAUGUCAUUAUCAAUACCGUAUAAC